UCUGUCGGCUUCAUUCCAUAUUGGACCGUGGCGCACGUCGUGUCAUCGCUUUUAAGUUGGCUCGCUUAUAGGCUAUAGUUAGUGUAAUUGAUAAUUUUAUUAAACUGUGUAAAUUAUUGUGAUUUAAUAGUUGUUUCGAUAGUCCAUCGUGUAUAAUUGUAAAUUUUCAGCAAAAUGUCAGCUUUGACGAAGGGUGUCUUUAUCGUUGCCGCUAAGCGUACCGCUUUCGGUACAUUCGGAGGUGCAUUCAAAAACACAAAUGCCACCCAAUUGCAAACCGUCGCGGCCAAAGCUGCUCUGGAUGCUGCCGGCCUAAAGCCGGAUCAAGUCGAUUCAGUCAACAUCGGGCAGGUGUUGGUGCUGUCGUCGCCGGAUGGCGCUUUCUUGCCCAGACACGUGUCGCUGCACUGUGGAAUUCCAAUCGAUCGCCCGGCGCUCGGUGUUAACAGGCUGUGCGGAUCCGGUUUCCAGUCGAUUGUAAAUGGCGCGCAGGACAUUCUGCUGGGUGCGGCAAAGGUUUCGCUGACCGGCGGAGUGGACAACAUGAGUCAGACGCCGUACACCGUUCGCGGCACUCGUUUUGGCGUUCCACUUGGUACCAAUCCUGCUCUAGAAGAUGCUCUGUGGGUCGGUCUCAGCGAUUCGUUCUGUAAGCUGCCCAUGGCUUUGACUGCGGAAAAUCUUGCCGAGAAGUACAAAAUCCCUCGUGAAAAAGUCGACGAAUUCGCUCUCCGUUCGCAGCAACUGUGGAAGAAGGCCAAUGACGAGGGAGUCUUCAAAACCGAAAUCACCCCCUUCAAGCUGAAGGUGAAGGGCAAGGAGGUUGAUUUCGCCGUCGAUGAACACCCACGCCCGCAGACUACCCUGGAAGGGCUGAACAAACUGCCAUCUUUGUUCAAGAAGGGUGGUGCCGUCACAGCGGGUACCGCUUCGGGCAUCUGUGAUGGCGCUGCCGCAGUCGUCCUGGCUUCCGAGGAAGCUGUGAAGGAAUACAACCUGACCCCGCUAGCUCGCUUGGUAGCUUACAGUACCGUUGGUGUUCCGCCGGAGAUCAUGGGAAUCGGCCCAGUUCCGGCGAUCCAGAAUGUGUUGAAGGUGGCCGGUGUUAAGAAGGACGAUGUGGACCUGUUUGAAAUCAACGAAGCCUUCGGCGUACAAGCUAUGUCCUGCGUGCAGGAACUUGGCAUCGACAUGAACAAGUUCAACUUGAAUGGUGGUGCCAUUGCUUUGGGUCAUCCACUUGGUGCUUCCGGGUCCAGAAUUACUGGUCAUUUGGUACAUGAACUGAAACGCAAAAAUCUGAAGCGUGCCGUUGGGUCUGCUUGCAUUGGUGGCGGCCAGGGUAUCGCUUUGUUAGUUGAGUCCGUUUAGAAUAAGAAUUAUUUUAUCUUAACAUUACCUCACCAGAAGUUAUGCAUUUUGUAAUGCUUGAAAGAUUUUAGGAGUGGAUAUACAAUCAUUUUUCAUAUUACUAUUAAUAAAAAAGUAUAAUUCUUAA